GGAACACGUUAUUUAUACCGGUGCCCUUCGCAAUCGGAACACUAAAAUAAAUACAGUGAGUGUAGCGACGCAUAAAUACAAUUAUUUUGGUGAUUCAGAAAAAACAUGUUUGAAAACUUUGCAAACGUAAACGAAACUUUUUCGAAUGUAGCGAACGCGCCAAAAUUUUGAAUCUGAGGUACUUUUUCGUUCAAGUUUUGUGCAAUACUUACUAACGAAACUUUUUCAAAUGUAGAGAACGCGCCAAAAUUUUGAAUCUGAGAUACUUUUUCGCUCAAGUUUGUGAAUUACUUACUUAAUAUUCGAAAAUUAAAAAGUUUUCUUUUUAAUUGUAUUAUAAACCUAGCUACUAUUUUUUGGAAAAGUGCGGAGAUUGGUAAGCCAUAAAGUUUUACAAAAAAAUGUUGAAAUCGACUUACUAGGUAUAAAACCUCUUUAGUUUCAAAAACAAAAAUGGAAGUGGACAGAAUCCUUUACAUUUUCGGUAGCUUCACCCGCAAGAAGGACAAGAGAAAAUCCGUGGAACAGUCAUCGAUAAGUGCUGGCAAUAGUCCUUUGCGUAUCCCGAGGAGCUCUAGACCUGUGAGCCAGGCUUUGAGCCAUCAGAACAUCAAUAUAGCUCCAAGAACUUCCGCAUACGACGAUGGGAGAAAGGUGGUGAAGGAAUGGGAGUGUGGGCUGUGUAAGAAGGAGUUGGUUGAGCCUCGGUUGCUGGGGUGUCUUCAUAGUUUCUGCACGCGGUGUCUCCAAAGUCUGCACCAGGAGGGGGAGGCCGAAGCUUGGAGUGAGGUCGAUGGGGGUUCCAUCCAGUUGGACCCUGGCGAGUCAGGGUCGGGAUCCGGCAACGGCUCUGCAGGGUCGGGGUACGAGAGUGACCUGCGCCAUUCAGGGUCCGAAGGCAGCUGGGAGCAGAAGCACAAAUAUGGCAUCUUCACUAGAAAGAUUUCGGGCAAGUCCGUGCAGUUCCUCCUCUGCCCCACAUGCGGGUACGAGACCAUUCUCCCUUUGGGGGGCAUAUCAGCGCUGCCCCUCAACUACGUGUUGCUCAGGAAGAUGGUGGCAGCAAGUCAGGACCACGCCGUGUUGUGUGACCUGUGUAACUGUGAUAAUAAGGCUGAAAGCCGCUGCAGCCAAUGCCUGGUGAGCGUGUGCACGUCAUGCGGAGAAGCCCACGGCAGGCAGAAGGCUACGGCGCGCCACUCGUUACGACCAUUAGACUUGGUGCCAGCUAGGUUCUGCUCUCAGCAUCCUAAAGCCGAGCUGAGCGUCUACUGUGCUACUUGUCAACAGGUGGUAUGCCGCGAUUGCUGCCUGAUAGCCCACUCAGGGCACGCACUCGCCAACGCGUCACGCGCGGCAGCCGAACGUGCUAGACUCCUCCGGGACGCGUGUGAACGAGCCAAACACGUGCCAGAGAACGUGGAGCGUGCCGCUAGGAACCUGAAUGUGGUCGCUAUGGAGACUGAUACGCAAGCAGCCCGCGUAGAGACAGAGGUCCAAACCUGGGCAGAGCAGUACCGGCGCGCGGUGGAAGCCCACGGCCGGGCGCUCUGCACUGCUGCUUCCAGGGCCAGGGCUCGCUACCAGCACAAGGUGGAAGACCAGAACCGUGAGUUGGAGGACCGCGCGCAACAGGCUAGAGAUGCUGUCAGGUUCGCUGAGGAGCUGCUGUCAGAAGCGAAGGAAGACGAGCUGCUGUCCCUGUCUGGAUCGGUGCUCCGCCGUCUCGAGCGACUCACAGAACUGCAGACGUUAGCGGAGCCCCCUCGCUGCGACAUGCGCUUCGCCCCUGCUGCGCCGCUAGCCAGUGAUUCCACGCUUUUCGGGAGGUUGCUGACCAGGGCAGCUGAUUCUGAGAAAUGCGUUCUUAAUGUUGAAGGUCUUCAAGAUCUGCGAGUGGAUUGUCCACACGAAGCGAUAUUUGAAUUGAGAGACAGCAAUGGUGAGCGUAUUUGGUGUGGCGGUGAGCAGGUUGUAGGGUACUUCAGGCGGCGCGACUCGAGCGCGCGGCCUGCUCUGGCGGCGGUGAAGGACCGGGGAGACGGCUCCUACUCCGUGGUGUUUUCGGCGCCCGCCCCCGGGGCAUACCUACUGGCUAUUACGCUCAACAACAAACCUAUUAAAGGUAGUCCAUUCCCGUGCGCCGCGAGAGUAUCGAAGGCUCAUACGGGACAAUUCCACUGCUGCGCGUUCUGCUCAUCGGGGGGGAGAAGAGAUGCUACUUGCGGGUGCGGCGCCUCUAUGGGGGGAGGUUACAAGGGCUGCGGGCACGGGCGUGCGGGCUGGCCGGGCGCGCGGCACUGGUCGUGCUGCGGCGCCACGCAGCGGGCCGCCGCCUGCACGCGGGCCGCGCGGACACGCUCGCAGCUCUACCAGUUCUCUUUGUAGGUGGAAGCUCUACACGGAAGUAACUGGGAGAUACAGAACUGCCUCCCCUCAGUCACCCGGAGCUGGUAUGGAGCAUACUCCACCACGCUGUUCCAGUGCGGAUUGGUGAAGGUGUUUUGGGGACCAACGGCUUAAAGCAACUAGACCAGACGAGCAACUUCGGUAGACGUCGAUCGAUCACUUGGUCUGGUAAAACUUUAACUAAACGCCGUAAUAUCCUCGUAACAAAACUUUUCUUUGAAUAUAAGUUAAUACUAAACUUUUAUUUACGUUAGAUGUUAAAAUUAUUGGCACAUUGAUCUUUGAAAGUAAGUAUUAAGGGAUAAAUACUUCUAUUUACAUAUAAUAAAACCAUAGGUAUAGCAAUAGCUUAAUAAUAUACAAUAAUGAUAAGCUCUGUCCAAAUAUGAAUUGUGAAAUUGUAACUAUAAUUGUAUGUAUUAAAGUUAUAUGAUAUUGGA